UGCAAAAAGGUUCUCAGUUGUCUACGGGAGUCACGAACGCGCGGUCGUGUUGUUCUAAUUGUUUUGUGAGCUUUCUGCAAUUAAACCCUAUACGAUGAGCACGUACAAGUUUACCCUGUCCGAACAGUUUCGGACGCUGGCUAAGGAAGAACUUCGCGAGGCAGACGACGCAGUUCGUUUGGAUGCAAUCAACCAGUUGCGGGAUUGGAUCGUCAAGAACCCCGCGAUCAAGCAUUGCAGAACCGAUGACGUCUUUCUGCUCAAAUUUCUACGGUUUCGCAAGUUUGCCGUACACCAGGCUGGAGAGUCCAUCGAGCGAUAUCUGGCCGCCAGGCAGAAGAUGCCCCAAUGGUUCCAAGGUACAGAUCCGAACGCGGACCCGCUGGCCUCAAUCAUGGACGAUUGCCCCAUCACCGUCCUGGGACGUGACGACGCAGGUCGAACCGUAAUCUUCAUCCGGGUGGCCAGUUACGACGCCGAAACGCUCACCCAGGACUCGAUCAUGCGAUACGUUAUGAUGAUGCUGGACACGCUCACCGAACAGGAAGAGGUGCAAAUCGGGGGCGUCCGGAUCUGGAUGGACUGUACCGGGAUCAGCAUGAAGUUCGUGUCCCUGUUUCACCUGUCCGAGUACGCGACGAUGAUCGAUCUGAUGACGAAAACCAUGCCGAUUCGGAUUCGGCAGAUUCACUCGGUGAAGCUGCCCAAGUUUGCCGUUUCGUUGGCAAACUUCGCGCUAACCUUCACCAGUCAGAAGCUGAAGGAGCGCAUUGUGUGCCACCACACCACGCUGGACGCCCGCGCGCAAAUGCCAGAACCGCUGUGGCCAGAAUCGUUCGGCGGAACGGCGCUCAACGUGGACACGCUAAACCGAAAGAUGCGCAAACAGCUGGAAGGCAAACGGGAGUGGCUGCUCUCGCUAGAUGAGCAGCUGCAGAUCGACACCUCGCGGUCCGCGGCCCUGUGGAACAAGAGUGAAACCGAUGCCGGCGGCGCUCCGCCAGAAAUUGAAUCGGGCAUGGUGGGAAGUUUCCGCAAGUUGAACGUGGAUUGAUUGAAUAAAGAUAGACGUUUAAUUGUGUGAA